AUGUUACAACCCCCACCUCCUGAGUGGAGCUUAGAUGAUUUCCUAAAGCAUCAGCCUGUCAAGUUCAAUGGCAAGACUAGUCCUGACCUACUUGAUCAGUGGAUGAAGGACAUGGAGUGGAUCUUUGACGCCAAAAGGUGUUUAGAUGAGAGCAGAUACGCUAAGGAGGUGGAGUUCCUCCAGUUGACACAAGGGAACAAGUUAGUAGCGGAAUAUGCUAAGAGAUUUAAGCAUCUGGGGCGCUUUUACACCCCUUUAGAUGAUAAGUGGUUGUCCAAGAAGUUUGAGAAUGGUCUCAGAGGAGACAUUCGUUUGAUGGUGGCCCUACUCUCCAUCAAGGACUUUGCGGCCUUAGUGGAGAAGGUUGUGGUCAUGGAAAGGAUGAAGACUGAGGGAUUGUCCCACUUUGGGAAGAGUAGUGACACAACCCCUAGUUCAUACUCAGUAGAGAAGAAGAGACGGGAGAAGAGGCACCAAACCUCAAGCAACUGGCAGGGUUUAUCCGAUGACCGGGGUAGAGGCGGCAAGCUCAGGUGUCCUGUGGAGGUAGAAGGGCGCAUGUUCAAAGUCAAUCUGAUAUGCCUCCCUCUACAAGGUUUGGAUGUGAUCUUGGGAAUGGAUUGGCUCUCUACCAAUCAUGUUCUUGUAGACUGCCGGCAGAAGAAGCUGUUGUUCUCCAACUCAGAGGAGCCUGAGUUGUUGUCUUCUUAG